GACCCGCUACGCUGUCCCACUCCGUACAAUGUCCUUGACAGGACUGAACCCACUUUACACGACUUUGCACCGAACAAUCCUCCAUAAAUUCUCACCUCCACCAUCCCCUCCUCCAUACUUUCAUUCACUCCUCCAUCGAAGAAGACCACUCUUCUUCUUCUUCUUCUUCUUCUUCUUCUUCUUCUGUUUUGCUGCUGGUUGCUGGUCAGUGGUUACCCAUAUGAGAGAAGGAACGAGGCGGGGAAAUGGAGAAUCAAGCUUUGACGCCACCCCAUCAUGUGGAUGCAUCCCGGCCGUCCCUGGGCUUCCCUCUCGGUACAGCCCUCCUCUUGAUCGUCAUAUUCUGCCUGAGUGGCGUCUUCUCCUGUUGCUACCACUGGGACAAGCUUCGAUCCCUCCGUGGAGCUUUCUCGGAAGACACCACCGAUCCCGAUACAGACACCGCUCAAUCACCUUCCAAAUCUGGACCUCCUUUCAUGAGUUCCGAACAGAAGCAAAAUGAGAGCUUUCCAGUACUAAUGCCCGGCGAUCAGAUCCCAAAGUUUAUAGCACUGCCUUGUCCGUGUGAGCCACCGCGAGAGGAGAAGAUCGUGGUGGUUGUGGAGAAACCGCCGCCUAUAUAGCAGUACCUCAAUGUUAACGCAACGCAGGCGCAGGGGAGGUCAUCUCAUUUCAUAAUAAGGUGUAUCAUGUAGGCUACGGAGAUUCAAUUUAAUUAACUAUGUAAAUGAAUGCAUUCAUCCUCGAUCUGUUCCAACAAGAAACAAAGAUAGGGUGUUCAUCAUCACUUCUACACCAAUUAAUUAAAUUGAUGUAGAUUCCACCUUGUAAAACCAUUGUUUCUAAACCAAUUUGUUAUUUGUAUCCUACCUCAAUGAGAGGGAAAAUGUAAGUUCUUUUCUGAUAUCUGAUUGUAAAAUGGAUUAGAAAUUUAAAUCUAGAAUCAGUCCUUGUCUUCUUUCC